UGCCCCGCGCCCGGUCAGACUUUGUCUUCCUCUGGGUGCUUCAUCCCCCACCCAGAGGCAGAGUAGGUCGAGUGGCAGGCUGCAGGGACUGGGUGAGGGCCGCCCAAGGCCAGGGUAGGCUGGGGGGCCGUUAAAAUGUGGAGCUCUGCCCGGCCGACGGGGGCUCCGUGGAGGCUGGCAAAGCGUGUGCCCCGCUGGGGCGAGUAUGGGCAGGCUUGCGGCCACGUGGUGAAGGAUGAACAUUCGGGGUGCCCCGGACCUCGGGCAGCCCAGUGACGACCCCAACAGUGGUGGAGAGAGAGAGCGGAUUCGACAGCGCAUGAAGAUGGUCAUUGGGCAACUUGAAGGCAUCCUGAGGGAACUCAAAGAAGUGGCUAAGGAGCUGAGGGAGGUGGUGACUCAGAUCGACAAGCUAACCUCUGACUUUGACUUUGAGCUGGAGCCAGACGACUGGACCACGGCCACUGUGAGCAGCACCUCCAGCAGUGACAAGGCGGGUGUGGGGGGCCCCUUUGACCUGGGCCACCUGGACUUCAUGACAGCUGAUAUCCUCUCAGACAGCUGGGAGUUCUGUUCCUUCCUGGACGUCUCUACACCAUCAGACUCUGUGGAUGGCCCCGAGGCACCACGGCCAGGCGCAGGCCCUGACUACCAGCUCAUGAAUGGUGGUAUGCCCAUCCCCAACGGGCCACGAGGGGAGACGCCAGACUCUUCCAGUGAAGAGGCCUUCAGUGCUGGCCCUGCAAAGGGUCAGGUACCCCAGCGGACCCCAGGGACAAGGGAGAGGGUACGGUUCAGUGACAAAGUGCUCUACCACGCUCUGUGCUGUGAUGAUGAAGAAGGGGACGGUGAGGAGGCAGUAGAAGAGGAAGCAGGCCUGGCCUCAGAGCUCCCCCACGUGGAACCACACACAGGCCCCCUCAAGCCCUGCCCAGCCCCCUACAAGACCAGGCGCUCUCCGUUGACCACCCGACGCUUGGGCCCCACAGUGGUCCCAGAACAGACCCGGAGGGUCACAAGGAACAGCAGCACCCAGACAGUAUCAGACAAGAGCACGCAAACAGUGUUGCCCUAUACGGCCACCAAACAGAAAGCCAAGGGCAAGAACUAGGGGCUGGGGGGGGGCAUAGAGCUAUAAAUAUAUACAUAUAUAUUUAAACAAACACGGUCAUAAUAAAAUUCAUAAAUACUAA